CCGUUCUCAGGAGGCGAGAACAGAGAGAACCUCUCAAACCUCCCAGCUCGAUGUUCAACAAACACAUUGAAGCACCUCCAGAUCUCAUCUGUGAGUAAUGGAUUUCUCGCCGGAUAGCAAAGUCAAAGGACAACAAAGGCAAAAGGCGCUAUUCAGUCUUCGCAGCCCGCCAGAAAUGGAUCAAGGAUCAUGGAAUGCGCGAGCCGGUUCCAGUCUUCGUCAAGGUGCCCAAACGCUUCUCAGACUAUUACCAUUGGAAGAAGAUCAAGAUUGAAAGGCACAAGGAGAAAGAAAGGCAGCAGCUCGCAGGGAAGAACUCCACGACUGAUUCGAACGGUGCAGUGCCGCUAGAAAGCGAGCGCCGACCGGGACCAGAGGAAGCCGGUCCUUCCCUGCCUAUUCCCCACAAACUCCAAUCAAAAACAUCCGCAGCUGCUCCGUCGCCCCCUUCGACAACUCCAGCCGUGGUCAAUCCCUCGAGUGAUCUCGCACCCAAGCCAGCGGCCAAACCUGUCCGAGUGACGGCGAGACCGCCUGCGCCUGUAUCCGAGGCUUUGGACUCACUUUUCGAAGAUGAAGAGCCGUCUGCAUCCAAUACCCGAACGGAUCAGCCCAUGUCGUCAUCCACUGUGGAUAAGCCGCCUGCCAUCGGCAAUGGCAAGAAACGCAAAGUGGUUAACAGUCCGGAUCCCGGGCCAACUCGCAAGAGCCCCAAGGUCGCUGAGCCCCUUUCAUCCGUCACCCCCGCGACUCUUCCCGCCCCACCUCCUUCGAUCCCUCUAAGAAUCCAAAGCUCCGCUCCUUCUCGAAUGGCUGAAAUGGGCAAAAUCGCGAAGAAGUCGAGCGAGGUUUUGCCCAUUCCUCAGCCUUCUUUCGGGGACCUUCAGCCGGGCAUCUUCGACGAAGUGGACUUGGACGCUGGGGCGGACAGCUCAGCGAAGGGAAAUGUCAGUUUAGCGAAUCCGCCUGCUAAUUCUGCCGCUACCUCCUUCACUCCGACUCUGCCAUCCAGGUCAGGUCCGGCUGUCGAUGAAUCUAGGUUGUUCAUGGAUGCUGAGGAUGAUGGCCCGCAGAAACCCCGGCCGAUUAUUGGAUCCAAGCCGUCCCCCCCGUCACCAUCGAAAGAGAGUGAUCUCGUCAUCGCUCCCUCGGCGCCGAUCAGCUCUUCUGCUCCUCACCCGCCUCAAUCAGUCAAAGUACCUACAACUGAACGACCCAAAUAUCAACAACCUGUCCGAAUCAAGAAGAUUGAUGACAUGCCUAUCCCUAGGAAGGGUCCCCCGCAGUCUGCACCGACUGCUCCUCGCAAACUCAGUGGGAAUUCCACCAGCGUCCAGCCUGCGCGCUACAGCCCGCCGAAUCCGACUACCAUGAAAUCACCACAUGGUGUUGAGGGCGGUCGUACACCGCCUGGAUCCUUGGGUUCUUCAUUGGCACCCGCCUACCCGCCUGCGCCAAUGCCGGCUGCACCAUCUCUGACCUCGUUCCGACCUACGCAUGUGCCGACGCAGCCUAAGAACUUUCGAGCACCACGACCUAUCACGUCUACUCCGUACCUGCCACCUUUACAUAGAGCCAACUUGGCAUCCCCUCCUCGGACAGCACUGGCGCCUCAACCUGCUGUGCCCGCCGUGUCUUCGGCAUACAACGCAGCCGCCGAUCCUCGUCGGAAAGGCUCGACAAUGCCGUCGCCAGUCCUUCCCUCCAUGCCUUCACCCCUAGGCUCAGCUGAUUCAAAAGGGGGCAGGACGCCUACACAUCCUUCCAGUGAUCCAAAGAUUCCCCAUUCGGGAUCUCGCCCCGAGUUUGCUGUCCCGUUGGAAAUUGCCUGUGCUAUUCCUUUGCGCGACAUGUCUGAUCUGACCUUCUUGGAGCUGCACUUAUUGCCAGGUGCUGCGACCAGCAUUGCCAGUCCUACUCUGUGUCAGCGACUCUUGACUGCUGAUCAAGGCAAAAUGAGCAUUAUAUUUGAGGAGGUCGAUCCAAUCGCGGUGACAGGCAAUAUCCGCCUCGGGGCAAAGGUCGUUGAAUGGGUACGAGCGGCUCGUAUCGACAAUAAGGAGCCAGGAAGCAAAGAGGCCUGGGAAUAUCUCAAGGAUGUCAUCAAGGACGGAAAAAUUUACGUCAGCUAUGUCGAGCUCACAGUGAGCAGCCCACAGCACCACUAUGCUAUCCUGCUUGGUCUGCCAUCUUCUAUCGACAUAAACCACAUCGGCACCGGUCAAUGGUCGCUCCCAGAGAUCAGUGCGGCCAUCUUUGUGCUUCAGAUCCCUCUCACUUCAGUCGCGCCACCGGAGCUGCCGAACCCUGUGCGAGCCAACAUGAUCAUGGACACCAAGCCGGUGCUUCCCGCAGUCCUGCAUCCUGCGAGUCUCUUGGCCAGCUACGGGAUCUCCGACGAGUUUCUGGGUCAGUACCGCAACAGGACCGUGCUCAAGUAUCCGGGCGGAGAAUCGAGACGAGAUCUGGUCGAUAGUCAACUUGUGGCGGCCUUCAAGAGGUGCGACAUCUCCGGUAUCAAGCCGAACACGUUGCCUAGCUUCGUCAUCCUGUUGAAUCAAAAGUUCGGCAAGACCAUCCGGUCCGGCAGUUUACGUGAUGCCGUACCCAGAGAAACUGAUCUGUACGUUGUGGGUCCUUCGUUAUCACUGUACCCGUCGCAAUAUGGUCUUAGAAGGGUUUGGCAAACUGGCGGUCUGAUAACGUUCUCCCCGACCUUCAUACUCCAUUCACCGGAAAAAUUCGCGGCAAUCAUGUCCCUCAUUCGGAUUUCCGGGACUUGGGCAGCUUACGUGCUGCCAUCUAUCAUAGAAUGGUGCCAGCAAUCUUGGACGAUUAAGACACGCUGUCGCGACCCCGCCGCCGCUUUCGAUGCUCUGACUACCGCCCUCUUCCUGGACGAAGCCGUUCUUCGCAUGUCCGGUUCACUUGCAGAUUCAGGGGGUGGAUUGGCAGUGAGCUGUGCGCCUCCCUGUAUACAUGAUACCCAGGGUUGUCUGGCGUGGCACUCUUGGCUUGUGAAACUCAGUGCGCAGAGCACUUUAGAUGAGAUUGCCGCGAUUUGUCAAGGGAUUAGCACGCAAACCUUUGUGACAAAUCCGACGGCACCAGCGUCGACCUCGAAGCUCAAUCUUGUGGAUAUUGAGCAGGCCCAAUUGGCGGACUUGACCGCCAUGCGGAUGCGACCCCAUCUGCUACCUUACAGAAGGUAUCUAUAUGUGGGCGAGGCGUCUCUGUCUAGAGCAGACAAGGAAAAACUCGGUGCAUCGGUUGAAUUUGUCGCAGCGGAAGACUUUUCCGCCGUUUUCAGUGGCACUGUGUAAAGCGGAAGCAAUUAUUGAUGUCCCCAGAUGUAUCAUGAGAGUCACUAUGGUGCCCAACAUUGUCAAU